CUAUUUGGAGUCAGUUGGUAAAAAAAUUUGAUCGAAUGCGCUAUCACUUCGAUUCAUACGAUGCAGUUGAAAAAAUUGAAUAUGAUCCAUCAGGACCUUAUGCUGAGGGAUUGUCCCACCAUUAUGUCAGUGAUAUGAUGAUAUGAUGAUGUUAAACAAAUGCUAAUAGCUGGAAAUAAGUGUAGGACUACCAGUGCUAAAUCUACUAUAGAUGAGAAAUGUAACCAACCAUGGGCAAUAUUUACACUAAAAAUAACUUAUUGUAAUGGACCAGGUGCUUCUAGUGAGCUCUGCAGCAAGGUCAGCUUUGUGGAUCUAGAAGGUACAUGCGCAUUUUAACUUAGAAGAAUUAUUAAUGGACAUUAAUCCACCUGAAUCAUCCAGGACAAUAACAGAUAAUUGUGUAGGUCAGAGAGACUCUUUGCUUUCUUGGCUUCUCAACCAGUAUCUGGGAGGAAAGGCCAAAGCAACAAUUGUAGCCAUGAUUGACCCACGUGCUGAUAAUUACCAGGAGACUCUCUCUACUUUGUCUUCUGCUCACAGGGCCAAGGUCAUAGUUAUUCACCCACUGAGGCCUGACAGUUCUGAGAACAUGGUUACAGAUCCACUACGGAAUAAAUUAGGGAACGAGAAAGAAAAUUCAAGUUUAGCCAAAGACAAAAAGCACCAAUUGUCAAACCAAAUUCCUGAAACAAGGAAUUCUGAUGGUGAUCCAACCUUCAACCAGUUAUCAGCGGGUCAGAACAUUGCAGGAACCACCACUACUGGAAACCCUCCAGAUAACCACACUGCUCAGGGGUCCAAGAGUAACCUAGAGCAGAGACCUGGCGAUUCUGGACACAUGGAUACAGAUGAGUCUCAAGAGGAAUUAAAUAAACAGGCAGCGAGAUUACGUUUAGAUGGAGACAAAACUGAUGGAUUAUCAAAUCAAAAUCUCCAACCGGAGGUUGCUGAGAAUGUAGAAGAUGUUUGUUCAAGUCUCACCCCUCAAGCCCCUCAGGACAGAGCUGUAACUAUCAGCAGAUCAGACACCCCACACCAGGGAACCACUGGAAACCAUAUUACUACUGACAAUGGGCGAGGCAUCAAAUGGCCAGAACACAAUAAAAAAUGUGGCAGUAUUCUACUGGGAUGCACUCACUGAUGUCCAGUUUUUGCAAGUCUGGCUGAGGAAGCUCCUUCCUAUGGAAAGCAUGUCGUACAUUCCCCUUUGUGCUGCCUCUGAGGAUGAAUGGAAAUGUGCAGCAAGUAAAGCCACUUGUAUUGUAUUCUAUCACUCUAUACAAUCAGGAAAAUCCCUAGAUGAGACAACACCGUAUCUGGAUUUCUGUAUGGAAACUCAUGGUCCCUUCAAAAUUAUUGUGAUGGUAACUGACCUGGAAGACAGUGAUUCAGUAGCUGUGAGAAAUAAAUGGGAUCUGAGCUGGUAUAAUUUAUGUCAUCUGCUGUUAGUGACAAAGGAUGAAAUGACCAAGUUCUACAGCACAAACAAGGGACUGAGAACUGGUGAAAGAGAAAAAAUGCUAGAAGCAGAAUUGCUUACGAGACCCCACAGAAUUGGAAUCUUCUCCAGAUCAGCAGAGAGUGAUUACCAGUGGCUUCUGUCACUUCUACAAUCAGAAUUCAGUGAUGUGGUUCAUGAAGUUCGACCCUGUAACAUCUCUAACAUUGGAGCCAAAGUGUCUCAGUGCACAGUCGCUAUCCUGUAUCACUCCAUGAAUAGAGGGGAGGUUAACAAUGAAGAGCUAAAAUAUAUGUCUGAUAUACUGGGUAAGGAAUACUUUUGACACUACAAAACUGUUUGCAAAGGGCAGUAUAACUGUACAGUCCUGUAUCAGUACAUUAAACUCAUAUAUAAGGACAAUAGAAGUCACUGAGGGGUUGUUCUGUGACCAUAUAAAGGCACAAGGCUGCAGGCUGAGUUAUACAGGGAAC